AUGAGCACGACACGAGUCGGCCCUGACUCGGCAGCACCAGCCAACAACAACAACAACAACAGCGGCACCACCCCGGCCACCGCCACGAACCAGCGCCGGAGCUGCAUCUUCUGCCGCGCACGCAAGAUUCGCUGCUCGGGCGGCCACGUCUGCAGCGCGUGCCGCGAGCGCCACAUCAACUGCAUCUACGGGCCCGAGUCACGCAAAGGUCGACCACGACGCAACACCAAGCCGUCCUCUGGCGAGCGGGCCGAGGGCGCCACCGCUACACCGCCGCCACAGUCGCAGUCGCAGUCGCAGUCGCAGUCACAGUCGCAGUCGCAGUCACAGUCACAGUCACAAUCGCAGUCACAGCCGGCCGAUGACGGCGUGGAUCCCGUGCCGCCGGCCGCCGGCCGCGCCAAGGCCCCACCCGGACGCGGCGCCGGUAGCUCGCGGGGGGCUCCCACGGCCGCGGGCGGUGGGAGCACGCUGGGCCAGGAUCUAGAGCACAUGUUCCACGGGUACUUUGUCGACCGCCGCGGGUCGCGCUCGAACCUCUUCCAGAACUCGAUUGCGCUGUUCCAGGAGCAGCAGCUGGGCCGUGGCCCCCCCGAGGACGACACCUCCUCCUCUACGCCGGCUGCGCACGCGCACGCCCCACGCUUGACCUACGACGGGCUCCUCUCCUUCCUGGCGCACGACAUGGUUGAGAUGCUGCUCCGAUUCGGCCAGCUGGGCGGCGGCGACGGCGGCGGCGACGAGUUCCUGCCGAGGGGGCAGAACCGCAACUUUUACGUGACCCACCUCGCCUCGGACACGACGCCUACCAUGUUCGACGCAGGCCGCCCGGCGCUCCCGUCCCUGCUGACGACGCUGGGCAAGCACAGUGUCCUCCAGCUGGUGGAUCUGUGGUUCCUCAUGCACCCGCUCUCGCCGCUCCUCUCCAAGACACUGCUCGUCAGCAGCAUCAAGGACGAGACCGUGGAUCCGGCGCUGCUCGCCAUCAUCCUGGCCGACACCAGUGCCGCCGGGCUAGGGCUCCAAGGCCCGGACGCGCUCGCCCAGCUCGCCGCCGACCAGCUGCGCCUGCGCGCCCUGCCUCUCGAGGACGACCAGCGCCUGUCCGUCGCGCAGGCCUUGGCCCUCCUGGGCUGGAGAGAGAUGUGCCGGGGGUGCGUCCGCCGCGCGACGUGCUACCUCGGCUAUACAUGCCGCAUCGUGUCCCGGCUGCACAAGAGCUGGGCGGCCGAGGAGCCGGGACGGUUGGACGGCGUCCGCCUCAACGGCAUCGACGUCCGCGAGGUGGAGCGGGAGAUCCUCUGCAACCUCUACUGGCUGUGCCUGUCGACGACCACGUGGUCGUUUAUGCAGAUCCAGGAUUCCUUCUCCCUCCUGCUGCCCCACGAGAUCCCCGACUUCCCCAGCACAGACGAGUCGCUGUCGCCGACCAUCCGCCUGGACCAGGCGUCCGACAACACAUCCACCAUCCAGGCGCAGGUCCGCAAUAUGCAGUGGCUCUGGGCCCUAACCCACAUCACCAGCACCGUGGCGUACACCUACAGCCUGUUCCUCCACGCCGCCGAGAGCGACGACGACGACGACGACGACCUCCUCCACCACCAACACAAUCGGGCGCCUCGCCCCGGCAUGUCCUCCUGGCAGACGCAGCACAUUCACAAGCUUCACCAUCUGCCCCGGGCCUGCUUUGACUCCGGCGUGCUCUACCGCCAGAUUCGUCGCAUCGUCCUCCAGUCCAUCGAGGACGUCGAGCGCGAGGUCACAGACGUCACGUCUCAGUCUUUCCUCCAGGCCGCCUACCACACCAUCGCCAUCCACAUGCUCUUCUCCCGGCCCCGGCGGUGCGGCGGAGCUACGCGAGUGCUCACGCUGUCGACCGUCCAGGCCUUUAACGAGUCGGCCGCCGCGCUGCGGGCCGUCGCGCAGCGCUACCCUCCCGAGCCGAGCGACCCCGUGUCCCUGCUCGGCCUCAUGGGCGCCGGCAGGGCCGACGGAGCGCGCACGCUCGCCCUCGGUCUGGACAUUUGCAGCCGCGCACUCGCCGAGAUCCAGGCGCAAUUCCACACGUGGUCCACCGAGGGUGACGCCUCCUCUGCGGCACUUUGCCAGCUCGUGGAGCACGCCCGGGCGAUGCACCAGCUGUGCAAGACGGACUACCUCAUGCAGUGCGGCUCGGCCAUCCAGCCCGUCAAGAAGCGCUUGAAGCAGCUCCAUCGAUCGUUGACGGCACUGCCGCUGAGGUCGCCCCCUGCGGCGACCAUGGACGAGGCUGCCUUUGGCGAGCCGACCAUGGCCCCAUUCCCUGCCUCGCCCCAGAGCCAAGAACAGAGCCAGGACCCCGCGUACACGUCCAUCCCGAUGGAUCUGACAGACGACGUGCCCCCUCCGCCUCUGGCAGCACCAACAGCCGGCGCCUCCGCAUGCCUGUUUGAUUGUGGGCGGGAUGCACUGGACACCUCAUUCUACUUCCCUCUCGGGGAUCCGGAUGUAGAUCUCGGGUCCCUCUUCGAGAUGGGCGAAUUUCGUACGUGGCAAGCGAGCGCCCCCUCGAGUGUGCCCCCGAGGAGCAACACCCAAGCCUCCGACGAGGAUGGCCCCUAUCACACCCUGGCCCCUGCUUUCCGUCCUCCCCGAGCCCGAACCGGAGCCAAGCGCUUUCCCAUGGACACCCAACUGACGUCCGACGGUGGCUCGCGCCGAGUGAUCGACGCUGACGCCCGCUGGGAACCACCGCCGCAUGACGCGCAUCUCGCUCCUCGCCAUCAUUGGCCAGCCUGCCCGUCGAGCAGGCAGGGCUCACCCGACGCCCACGGGUCAAACACACCCACGAGCGAAAAGGCCGUGCGGCCAGGCGCCCCAGCGGCGCCGGGACUCUGUCCUUCAUGGAUCUUCGGCUUGCCAUGGCAGGGACAGCCCAUGGAUGCGACUCUCGACGGGGCAGACAACUUAUUCUAG